CAGCGUCCUGGGCAGCAGGCAAUCUAGAGGUUCAGCAGAGGCAGUAGUGCUUCAGGCUGAGCUGCGGGUGGGAGCUGGGACCAAGAGACCAGAGCAGCUGGCACCCAGGUGGCCUGGAGAGGAGCGAGCAACAUGAGCAGAAAAUGCGACGUGGUCGUGGUGGGGGGCGGCAUCUCAGGUAUGGCAGCAGCCAAAUUUCUGCAUGAUUCUGGCCUGAAUGUUAUUGUUCUGGAAGCUCGGGACCGUGUGGGAGGCAGGACGUACACUAUUAGGAAUGAAAUGGUUAAAUAUGUGGACCUUGGAGGAUCAUAUGUUGGGCCAACCCAGAAUCGUAUUUUAAGAUUAGCCAAAGAGCUAGGAUUGGAGACUUACAAAGUGAACGAAGUAGAGUAUCUGAUCCACCAUGUAAAGGGAAAAUCAUACAAAUUCAGGGGCCCAUUCCCACCUGUGUGGAAUCCAAUUACCUACGUAGAUCAUAACAAUCUUUGGAGGACAAUGGAUAUAAUGGGACAAGAGAUUCCCAGUGAUGCCCCAUGGAAGGCUCCUCUUGCAGAAGAGUGGGAUCACAUGACGAUGAAGGAGCUGCUAGACAAGAUCUGCUGGACUGAAUCUGCAAAGAAGCUUGCUACUCUCUUUGUGAACCUGUGUGUCACUGCAGAGACCCAUGAAAUUUCUGCUCUGUGGUUCCUCUGGUAUGUAAAGCAGUGUGGGGGCACAACCAGGAUCAUCUCAACAACAAAUGGAGGGCAGGAAAGGAAGUUUGUGGGUGGAUCUGGUCAAGUGAGUGAGAGGAUAAUGGACCUUCUUGGGGAUCGAGUGAAGCUGGAGAGGCCUGUGACCCACAUUGACCAGACAGGAGAAAAUGUCCUUGUGGAGACCCUAAAUCAUGAGGUGUAUGAGGCUAAAUACGUGAUUAGUGCUAUUCCUCCUGCUUUGGGCAUGAAGAUUCAUUUCAGUCCCCCUCUGCCAAUGAUGAGAAACCAGCUGAUUACUCGUGUGCCUUUGGGUUCAGUCAUCAAGUGUAUUGUUUAUUAUAAAGAGCCCUUUUGGAGGAAAAAGGAUUACUGUGGAACCAUGAUUAUUGAAGGAGAAGAAGCUCCAGUUGCCUAUACGUUGGAUGAUACCAAACCUGAUGGCAACUAUCCCUCCAUAAUUGGAUUUAUCCUUGCCCACAAAGCCAGAAAACUGGCAUGUCUUAGCAAAGAAGAAAGGUUGAAUAAACUUUGUGAUCUCUAUGCAAAAGUUUUGGGCUCCCAAGAAGCUUUGCAGCCAGUGCACUAUGAAGAGAAGAACUGGUGUGAGGAUCAGUACUCAGGAGGCUGCUACACGACCUACUUCCCCCCAGGGAUCCUGACUCAAUAUGGAAGGGUUCUACGCCAGCCAGUGGGCAGGAUAUAUUUCGCAGGCACAGAGACUGCCACACACUGGAGUGGCUACAUGGAGGGAGCUGUAGAGGCUGGGGAGAGAGCAGCCCGAGAGAUCCUGUAUGCCAUGAGGAAGAUUCCAGAGGAUGAAAUCUGGCAGUCUGAACCAGAGUCUGUGGAUGUUCCUGCACAACCCAUUACCACAACCUUCUUGGAGAGACAUUUGCCCUCCGUGCCAGGCCUGCUGACGCUGAUUGGAUUGACUACCAUCUUUUCAGGAACUGCUCUUGGCUUCCUGGCCCACAAAAAGGGUUUUUUUAUGCGGCACCUAUAACCACCCCUUCUUACUUUACUUGGUGUGUGGGUUUGGGGAAGGGGUUGUGAUAAAGUUCCAUAAAGAUAUACAGACUCUAGCGUGAGAUGGGGAGCAUGAAGAUAAGUCAAAUAACUGACCAUAAGAAACAGUAUCUCUUUCUUCAUUUUGGUCCCUGCUUAUUGCCCCCUACUUGGUUUAGCACUCUGUCUUGCCCACUUCCAAAUUUGUUGCCCCCAGAAUCUUCACAAUAGUUAAGCAGUCUUGUUUAAAGCCCUUACUGUCCUACAACACACCUUGCCCGUGCACAAAAAACAAGACAAAACAAAACAAAACUAGUUUUUUCCCACCUCCAUGACUUUGCACUUCUCCUUUCUUCACUGGGCAACAUCCUCAUUUUUCAAGUUUUUUGCAUUUGUCCUUAGAAUCCUGUAGUUUUAUAGCUAGAAGACCUUAGAGACCAUCUAGUCUUCACCUUAUAUUUUUAGAGUUCACCCAAAUAAAGCUGAGAGAUGUGGUACAUAAUUUCCCAAGGUCCACAUAGACCUCGAUAUUUUGGAGACUAGAACACAGGUCCAUUGCUUUCCCACCUUCUAGAAUGUAUGCCUCAAUAACCCUCCUCUACUUCCUGCCAUGGUUACUUGUGUUUCCCUCUUGUAUGGGUUUACUCUGUACUAAGUUGUUAUGUGCUAUUACUGUACUACUCCUACUAUUGUUACACAAUAAAGUUGAUUCACCAGA